CUGGACAGGCCACUAAUCCCAAUUUGGCAUUCUGUUUGGGCCAGCGUCAUUGUUUACCCUCCAACCCUUACACUGCACACAUUUUCUAAGGUACACCUCGAAUCCACCAGCACAGCCCGCCUCUGCUUCGGGACACGAUCUCGUAUAUAAGCAGCAUCUGGAUCCCAUAGCUUGUCGACCAACUGUGGCAUCUCGACUCUGGUUCAGCACACCAUCAUGAUUACGCGGUCGAAACGGCCGAGCUCGGCAAUUUCUCCGGUCAGGCCAACAGAGGAGCCCGCGCAGAAUCAUGCAACAACACCGUCAGCAAAGAGACCAAAGAAGAAGGCUCGCUUCUCGGAUACUGCCCUUCUCAAUGGCACCACUGGUCUUACACCUUACGUGGGGAAGGCUGCCCUCGCAACUCCGAAGCGACGAGCCUCAACUCCAGCGCCAGCCCGUUACCCGGACCAAGAGGAAGUUCAAUUCACUCCUUUUAGAGAAUGCCUCGAACCAAGAACCAUCAGACGAAUGAGACGCCAUGGCCUGAGCGAUGAGAUGAAUCAAUUCUAUGCCGACCAAAAAGCCAAUGAUGCUCUCCAGAGGGAAUUGGACAGCAAAGAUGCCGAGCUGAAGAAACUCAAGGCAGAAUUGGAAGAAGUUCGCCGGUCAAGUGCAUCUUUACAGAUGAUCCCAACCUCAAGCCAAGAGCAGGUCCGCCAUCUCGAAAGUGAGAUUGCACAUCUAGAGCACAGCAUCAGCUUCUCCAGCGCCAACUCCACAUCGCGACAUCAAGGAUCACCAACCAGAAGCUCUCCUGAACCCGCGGAGCAAGGCGAUAUCUUCCAGAUUUAUGAGGAUGAGAACGAGAAUGCCGUGAACCAGGACCAGCUAGCGGACGGGGAAGAUGCCCUCACCAUGGGUUUGGAGCUUGAGUCUGCACGUCAAGUCAAGGAAGCAUUGUUUCGUUCAAGCCAGGGCUCUUCCACUGGUGACCUGCACUUUGAAGACUCCCCCGUGCGUCCCAGCAGCAUGCGAAGAAGCAUCCCUCGUUCCCCGCGUGAAUUCUAUCAUGAUCUGUCGAAACAACUAAAAGUCGCAACGAACCGAGCAGAGGAAGCAGAACUGGCGCUCGAAGCUCUAAAUACGGAGAUCAAGAGCUUAGGAUUUCCUUGCAACGACGACUCUACAGAAUGCAUCUCUAACAUCAAACACCACUUUCGGCAGAUGCGUCUGGACCUCGAACAUGUGGUUCCAGGAGAAACAGCCGGCUCUUUCGACAAUGCCAGACUGAUACCAGAGAUUAUCUCAAAGCUGAAGAUGUUGGCCCAACGAGUGCGUGAUCGAGAGGCCGAACUCAAAUCAAUGAGAGACCAACAGCGAUGUCUCAAAGGUAACUUUGAUCAUGCCAUCAUUGCAGCCGAAAAAGCCAACAAUCGAGUCAAGGAAUUGGAGGAUGUGAUAGACAAGAACGCCGAAGACUUGCUACAUCAAAGAAUGAGAGCACAAGCUCUGGAACGAGAAACCAAGGAGCUCGAAUCCAACAACCGGUCUCUCAUCAACGCCAUUGAAAAGUACCGGGAAGAGGUCAAGAGACUGGAAGAACUUGUCCAACUGAUUGAAGCCGAACAAGCUUCAAGGCUGCAGGAUGUCCGGGCUGCCACUAUGGCCGAGCUCAACCAACAGAUUUCCGACAUGGAGGCCAAAGUGGCGGCCGAGUCUCGCGGACGACGAGCAGCUGAAGAAUCGGCAGUCGACAGAUUGCGCCGAAUCAACGAACUGGAAGCCGACAUGUCCGCCGCGCGACAACGCUCGGAAGACGUUAGGGAGAAAUUGAGCGCUCUGGAGGCGCAACUGGCAUCCUCGAACCGCAGCCGCGAAGAAGAGGUUGGCGGCUUGAAUUCUAGAAUCUCCAGUUUAUCCACAGCCCUAUCUUCGGCCAACGCAGAAAUCGACAAACUUCGAAAGAUCAACGUUAAGCUCGAGGAUCGGUACCGAAGUGAAGUCGAGCAUAGCACUCAAGCCGUGGAGCGCAUGCAGACCGAAUGUAUCCGCAGCGCCACCAAGAUCAGCGAGGAACGAAAGAGCUACAUCCGUGCCGCAAAGGUGCGAUACGCCAAUUGGGAAUUGGAAAGCGAUGACCUUGUCUCUGACCCAGUCAUGGGACCAAUGACACCCGCGAGCAUUGUUCGCUUUUCGGAUGUCGCUGAUGUCGAUGAUGGCCCAGACGACGAUGACCAUGUGCCGGGCAGUGUUGAGAUGAGCAGAGGCAAGAAUAAGAAUCGUCGUCGACAAACUGGCUCCGGCUCAGGCUUGGGCAUUACGCCGAGCAUGGGGAUCAUGAAGAAGCGAGGUCGUCGACGCUAUGAUAGCGGCAUUGGCAUGGAAUCGUUGAGCGAAGUCGACGAAGACAAUGCUGAUACGAUGACGCCGGAUUUGAGCUCUGACCCAGAUGUCGAUGUCGAUGUCGAUGUGAUGGCUUGAGCCAGGUGCAGGUCAUGCUGACCGCCAUUUCUAUGAGACGUUUGAGUUCGACUUUGGAGUUUUUGGUCCUUUCUGGAUGUGCUUGGCUUACCGCGGACUGGUUACACUACGCUCACUAUACACUUUUCUUUUGUUCAUGGGAGCACGGAGUAUUGGGGCAUGGACCGGUGUCGUGUUGGAUGUACAAAUGCAUUGGCGAUGGUGUCUAGAACUUGCGGAUGACAGAGUCGGCGUGAUAGUGUCAGAUUUACAUAUCUUAAGGCUUCAAGUUGCAAUUGUAUCCAAACACCGCUCUGAAAGUCAAGUUCUCUGCUAUUCCAAUUGGUUUCUCUAAUUAAACCCCUGACCUGUUGGUUUGUACACAGCUGUCACCUAGAUGGCUGUCAUUUGUUUCUAAGGGAGAACAAAAAAAUCUACCUCUGCAUAUGAAAGUACAGAUUCAG